AUGGAUAGAGCCACACUAGACCCUGUUGACGAUUGGGCGGAUGUAACUAGCCCAGCGCUUCGGCGUGUACUGCAGAACCGCCUAAACCAACGAGCCUCUCGGCAGCGGAAGCGCAAUCACGAGCUGCGUUUGGGACUUGUUCGACGAGGACGGGGACGUCCAAAGAGCCAAACAGCGCUGCAAGAUGACAUUUCAACAUCUGAGCCGCAGGGCCAAUUGUUAGCAACGUCGUGUAAGAGGCAUGGUGACCACGUAUCAGACGCCUUACCCGGUGUUCCCAGGACAGAUACCUUCACCGACAUGAUCAGAAGCCUGGCCAAGAGGGUUCUCGAGAACCUUUGCGUACAAGAUCCAUCCGCUGAUGUUGUCCUACUGCCACUCACAAGGCUCAAUAGCCUGCGUGGUAUUCUAGCUAAUAUGUACACUCUCGACAUACAGCUUCCCGAGAUGGAAGACGACACUUCCAUCUCUAGCUUCAACAAAGCCUGGGACCGGAGCUCAAAGCGAGCCAGGACGCUUCCUUCUUCGCUUCAGCCCACAGAGUACCAGAUAUCGCACCCACAUCACCCGUGGUUUGAUAUUCUUCCGUUUCCAAAGCUCCGCGAGACGCUUAUAGCUCGACAAGAUGAAUAUGACGAUACGGAGCUUUGUAUCGACAUGCUUGGCAUGAACGAGGCCACGUCUGUUGGCCUGCUGGUAUGGAGGGAUCCAUGGGAUCCGGCUGCAUGGGAGAUGACGGAGCAAUUUGUAAAGAAAUGGGGGUGGCUGUUUAAAAGCAGUCUUGAGCUGCGGUCAUCGACAACACAGUGGAGGUCCUUGAGAGGGGAGGACGCCAUUGUGGAGUUGCUUGAUAGUUAA